UGAUCAUACCAUUAACGCACGUAACUAAAAGAAGACGAGCGUCUCCCCUUGUCAUUUCAACUUACUACCAAGACAUCUGCCUCCAGAUAACCAUGCAUGUCCGCAUGAUGAAGGCAUUGGUGAUAUUGGUGAUUGCGUGUGUCGGAAACUGUGCAGCUAACCCUGUGGCUGCGAACGAUACGGGCGUAGAUGGAAAGGCCUUUAGAACCAGCAGAAUAAAACUUGGGGACAAGGAGGUGUUCACAGUCACAAAUACGGAUGGAACACCUUUGGCAACCAUUGAUGUUGUCCGUAAUGAGGGAUAUGAAAUCGAGCUGACUCCAGAUGGCAGUGAGUGUCGGAUAAGCCAGGUCCAAGACAAAAGUUCGUGUUUCGAAGAGGCGCCACUUGCGGACGAUGAGCCGGUGUUGGCGCGUAUUUCUGACCGUUGCAGAGGCAGAGAGAUCGUGACCUUGAAGCCAAAGGAUUGCAAUGCAACAUCCAGUCUUGAAAAAGAGGACUCCACUCGAGUAAAACGGGCCCAGUGCAAGAAAACGGGAACUCGUCAAGAUUGCGGGUUUGAGUGGUGGUUACGCUGGGUAUGCCACACAGUGCAAUAUACGAUUUGGUACCACUGUUAAGCCAAGGACGACAUGUUCCCACUGUCAGCUUAACGCUUACUAAAAACUGUCUGAACUUAUUUUCACAUGACAACUUGCUACAGUUCCUAUAAUUAUACAUAAAUCUUUUUUUUAAUUAAAACUGUUUUCUAAUUAUUUAGUGUUUUUUUACAGAAUUAUUUCAAUUGUUUUUUACUGCUCUAUUAUAUUGUCUACUCACUAUGUUGGUGCAAACACAAUACUUAUUAACUUCUUAUAAACCACACACAACAUACAUCCAACUAAUUUCACAAUACUAUAGUAUUAAUACUAACACUAUUUUACAACACUUUAGUUCUGAAUAAGAAGUUUGUAGUGAACAUAUACAGAUUUAUGAGAGAAUAUCUUCAUGUUUUUAACAAUUUGAAAUAAAAUAGUGCAUAUAGCAUCUUAAGGCAGUUUUGUUUUCGAUCCUUUAUCGAUUUUACAUUUCAUAUAAUUUUGUUAAGACAGAAAGCUCCUUCCAAUACAUUCUUGAAAACUGUCAUAAAUAUCUGUAAAAAGAAUUCAUAAAAUGUAAUUGUAGGUUUUCCUUUUACUUUUUGAUUGCUGUUUUUGUUGUUGUUGUUUUUAUGUUUACUUAUGUAUAUUUAUUUAUAUGCUUAAGUCGUAAUUAAACUCAUUGUUCUUCUUUCUCUUAUAAAGCAAACUGGCAAUAAAUUCUUAUUAAAAUGA